AUGAAUGUUAAUCGAUUAGCAUUUGCGCAGCGCCAUGAGCGGACGCCGGAGGAGCGCGAUCUCGUUCGAAGAUUGGACAUAUUCCUUAUGACUUUCGGAUGCGUGUCCCAAGUUAUCAAAUAUCUCGACCAACAAAACAUUAGCAACGCUUAUGUUUCGGGAAUGAAAGAAGACCUUGAUCUAAACGGCAAUGAGCUUAACUACUUCACUACAUACUUCAGUGUCGCAUAUUGUAUAAUGUUGAUCCCAUCUCAAAUUAUUCUGACAUACGUACGACCAAGUUACUGGUUGUCAGGAUUAGAGAUAUGUUGGGGUGUUAUAACAGGCCUCAUUGCUCUAGUUCAUAAUGCGAACCAAGUUUACAUCCUUCGUGUCUUCCUUGGACUUUGCGAGAGUUCAGCUUGGCCUGGAAUGAUGACAUUAUUUAUGCAUUGGUAUACGCCUUCGGAGCUCGCUAAGAGGAUGGGAUUCUACCAUUCUUGCCAAGCAAUAGGCUCUAUGAUGUCUGGGGCAUUGCAAGUCGCCAUCAUCGAUACUCUUCACGAUGCGAACGGCCUAGCCGGAUGGCGUUGGCUGUUUAUCAUAAAUGGAAUAAUGACGGUGAUUGUGGGCGUCCUAGGUUUCUUUUUAUUACCGGAUCUGCCAAAUCGCGUCAAUCCCAGGGCAUUUUGGUUCAAAAAGGAGCACGCCAAACUUGCGAUGGAACGCUUGGAACGUCACGGACGAGCCGAACCAAAGAAAAUGACUUGGGCGGGUGCAAAGCGCACUUUAUUUAACUGGGUGACGUAUUUUAUCCCAGUUUUAUAUAUAGCGACGGUACUGGCCCCGUGGGGAUACGCCUACUUUAAUCUAUUCCUGAAAAGUUUGAAAAAUCCAGAUGGUACACCUGUCUGGUCUACAUCUCAAGUCAAUGCCAUUCCGAUCGGUGGUGGUGCUAUAAACGUCGUCUUUGUAUGGAUCUGGGCUAUUUUAUCUGAUCUCUUGAGAACACGAUGGACUUUGAUUGUAGCACAAGCCAUUAUCGGCCUUGUCCCAUGUAUUGCUAUGAGCAUAUGGACUUCCCAUCCGGACACAACACCAUUAGCUACCGCAUACGCAAGCUACUUUAUCUCGUAUUUAACUCUAGGGACUGCACCUCUAAUCAUGGCUUGGCUAUCUGAUCUAUUACCACAAGAUCCGGAGGCUAGGACGCUGGUUGUCGGGAUUGCUAUCGCAACGUAUUAUGCAGUCUCGGCAUGGAGUCAAGUUCUAGUUUGGCCCGCUGUCCAGGCCCCUUAUUACAAAUACGGUUGGCAAUCAUCUAUUGCCCUAUGGAUUUUAGUCAUCAUAAUGACUUGCGUUCUGCGAUAUGUCGAUUUUAAAUAUCUGAUGCCACAGCGAGAAGAGUUUCACGCAACUCUGAUUGUGGGCUCAAAACCACAAAGCCCUGAACCUGUGGACCCUGAGCUGGACAUUGAGGAUAGACCAAAAACACCAAAGACCCUUCCAACAGUCGCUUAA